AUGUUGAAGAAAGUGGUGGAUGUGAAGGAAGCCAAGGAACAAAUAUCAUUUGCACUGCCAAUGAUUCUCACAAAUGUGUUUUACAAUCUGGUUCCAAUUGUUUCGGUUAUGUUUGUUGGUCAUCUCGGUCAACUACAACUGGCUAGCUCUACUCUUGCCAAUUCUUGGGCUACUGUCACCGGAUUUUCUUUCAUGAUUGGCUUAAGUGGUGCACUAGAGACAUUAUGUGGGCAAGGGUUUGGUGCAAACUUGUACAAAAUGCUAGGGAUUUAUCUUCAAGCAUCAUGUAUGAUCUCGUUCAUUUUCUCCAUAAUCAUAUCUACAAUAUGGUGGUUCACUGAGCCUAUAUUGAAUGUACUACUCCAUCAAAAUCCUAACAUUUCUAAAGAAGCAGCACAUUACAUGAGAUUUCUAAUACCAGGAAUAUUCGCAUUUGGUUUUUUACAAAACAUCUUAAGGUUCCUCCAAGCACAAUCUGUGGUUUUGCCCUUGGUUUCAUUCUCACUCGUUCCGUUACUGUUACAUUGUGUCCUUAACUAUAUUUUGGUUCAUUUCACAACCCUUGGAUAUACGGGAGCAGCAUUGGCAACCUUCUUGACGUUUUGGUUAUCGCUUAUAACUUUGGUCAUAUACGUGAGCUUUGCUAAAAAAUUCGAGCAUACUUGGAGAGGGUUGUCCAAGGAAUCGUUUCACCAUGUCUUCGUCUACUUGAAAUUGGCAUUACCUUCGGCUGCUAUGGUUUGUUUGGAGUAUUGGGCAUUUGAAAUCUUGGUGUUGUUGGCUGGCCUCAUGCCAAAUUCUGAAACAACCACAUCACUCGUCGCAAUCUGUGUGAAUACGGAAACAAUAGCUUACAUGGUUACUUACGGGCUGAGUGCUGCAGCAAGUACGAGAGUUUCUAACGAGCUUGGAGGCGGGAAAGCAAAUCAAGCGAAACAUGCAAUGGGUGUGACACUGAAGUUGUCGAUUCUCCUAGCCGCUUUUGUGGUUCUUGUUCUAGGCUUGGGACAUGAUAUUUGGGCAGGCUUCUUUAGUGGCGAUGCCAGUAUAAUCAAAGCAUUUGCCUCCUUGACUCCUCUGCUUUGUAUUUCGAUUUUUUUGGACUCGAUUCAAGGCAUACUAUCAGGGGUAUGCAGGGGAUGUGGUUGGCAGCAUUUAGUCAUGUACAUAAACUUGGGGACAUUCUACCUCAUUGGUAUGCCCGUUGCAUACUUAGUUGCCUUCAAGUUUCAGAUCUAUGUCAAGGGCCUUUGGAUUGGUUUAAUAUGCGGCCUCGUCUUGCAAUCUAGUUCGCUUUUCCUGGUUACCCGACUCCGGAAAUGGACACCAUUUGAGCUCUCAACUAGCGGCAAUGAGAAUUCAGUUCCAUAA